CGUCGGCUUCCGUGAUGACGUAUUGGGAUGACGUAACUCGGAAGUAACCACGUUCUCUUUUUCCGGAAACAAACAUCUUCCCCUCUGUAAGGGCCCGUUCCCGUUAAGUCAAGUCGUCGCAAACGGUUGGGGGGGGACUGUACCACAAAGGGGUGGUAUUUGGGCAUUUAGUUAGGAUGUUGCGCGGUCUGAGUGGCUGGUUCGGGAUGAGUCGGGCGGGUGAGGAAGAGAAGCCGCCUCUUCUCGAAGGGAAAUCUGGAGCUGAAACUGGGGAGGGAGAAAAGGUGCCUGGAGGGAACGAAACAGCGCAGAGCCGAGAGCAGGUGGAACAAAAUGUGGACGCGGACCCGCUUCUCAACCAGGCGAAGGGACUUGGCGGUUAUCUCUUCAGUUUUGCCACUACUGCCACAAAAAAGAUAUCUGAAUCAGUUGCAGAAACUGCACAAACUAUAAAGAAGUCUGUAGAAGAAGGAAAAAUAGAAAAUAUAAUUGACAAGACAAUUAUAGGAGAUUUUCAGAAGGAGCAGGAAAAAUUUGUUCAACAGCAGCAAACAAAAAAAUCAGAAGCAGCCGUGCCUCCUUGGGUAGACAGCAAUGAAGAAGAAACAAUUCAGCAACAAAUACUGGCCUUAUCAGCAGACAGAAGAAACUUUCUCCGUGACCCACCAGCCGGCGUUCAGUUUAAUUUUGACUUUGAUCAAAUGUAUCCAGUGGCUAUGGUAAUGCUCCAGGAAGAUGAGCUUCUGAACAGAAUGAGAUUUGAUCUUGUCCCAAAACAUGUAAAGGAAGAUGUGUUCUGGAGGAAUUACUUUUACCGCGUCUCCCUAAUUAAACAGUCUGCACAGCUCACAGCAUUGGCUGCACAACAGCAAACAGUAAGAAAAGAGAAAAACGGCAGUGAAGAGGACAGACAGCUAACAGAAAAUGUUCGGCCAAAGACACCACCUGUAGCAAUCAAGUCUCAGCGAAAGCCUCAAGAGGAGGAUGAAGAGAUUUCCACUAGCCCAGGUGUAUCAGAAUUUGUGAGUGAUGCUUUUGAUACAUGCAACCUGAAUCAGGAAGAUCUGAGGAAAGAGAUUGAACAACUUGUGCUUGAUAAGAACAAGGAAAUAACCACUGUGGAAGAAGAAACUGCGGACUGGGAGAAGGAACUACAACAAGAGCUUCAAGAAUAUGAAGUAGUUACGGAGUCAGAAAAACGAGAUGACAACUGGGACAAAGAAAUAGAAGAAAUGCUACAAGGAGAAAAUUAACCACUUUGAUAAAUGUUUUCUGGAAAUUGAUAUGAACUUGUUUUUAUACCUGCUUCAGAGACUUUCCCAUGACAAAAAUGCUCUUUCUAAAAUAAGACUCCAAGUGAUAUGUAAUCAGGUGUAAAAACAGUUCUAUGAAAAUACACUGUCCAUUAUCUAGUGGUAUGUAAGGCAACUUUUGAACGCUUAGGAAAUAACAAAAAUGAAUUCAGUGCAGCACAGGAAGUACUUUGGGGGAAAGGGGGAGAGAGAAGAUUCAGAGUACAUGCACAGGUGGUCAUAUAUGCCUAAACAUUUUCUGGAUCACUGUUCGUAUUUUAAUUGUUUUGAUGUUCAAGUGAAUAGAAAAUGUUAGAUAACCAGAAAUGAAUUUUAAGCACACAUAUUGUGAUCUACUUUCUGUAUGGGGGUAAAAAUGCAGGGCUGGCAGCAGGCAUUACUAGGCUUUUGGGCAGCAGCCUGCCCUGGGCCCACGGCACCUGCCCACACCUACCUCUCCUGCUGCGGUAAAUGAUGUGCAUGCCCACCAUCAACCAAGAUGAUGACUGAGGCAUCAGCCCCUUAGGGAAGCACCUUUGUUAAUGGCAGGCAUGCGUGCAGCGUGGCCAGCAUUCACCCCAAUAGGAGAGGUAGGUGAGGUGUGCAGGUGGGCGUUGCGAGCCUGCACAGUUGUGCGGGGUUGCCUGAGAGCUCCCUCUAGCCAGGACCUGACCUGGCCGCCCACUGGUGCCACCCCUGUAAAAAUGCAAAACUAUCUAACUAUUCUCCUGCAAGUAAUAGCACAUCAUGUUAAUAUGAUCGCUAUGGUUCAUUUAUAAAUAACUUUUUAUGAAAAUGCUAUUGGUUCCUUAAAUACCAUAUGUUCUCUUAGAAAGUAUUAUUGGACUUCAUUUAUAGCUCAGGUCAAUUUUGUCUGAAUCUUGGCACCUGGACAUCAAAAGCAAUGAAGGUUCAAAAUGAUAAUAUGGUGUGGCUAAUUAAAAAUUCAGUGGUUUAAUUAUCUUCACUUUGGUCAUUAGGAAGAUACAACAAUAAUUACAUAGAAUAUACUUAAAAUGUCAAGUAAACUGGCUAAAGGCACACAGUUUUCUGUUGAUCACAGGUUCACUUAUUUAAUUGGGGUUUGUUAACACCAAGAAUAGUCAAGAGUUUAGAAGAAAAACAGUUUGGUUUGGUUUAAGAUAAAAGCAUCUCUUAAUUUAAAUGCUAAAUGUACAAUGUGCUUGAAGCAUUAUUACCUAAAUAGCACAGGUUAAAAAAUAGAUGCUAAGCAUAACAAGAAAUUCAGGCUUGGCCUGUGUUUCAGUUGUGCUACAAUAAGUGUUAAAUGUUUAUUAAGAGGUGGGAGGAACACUCUAAAAUCUAAUGUAUAUACUCAGAAGUCAAAAAGGAAAUUGCCAUAUUGGACUGACAAAACACUGCAGCUGGAUAAAGGGGGUCAGAACUUCAUGGAAGGUAAUAUUUAACAGUGUUGCAGGAGACAACAAUUCUAAUUUUGGCCCAGUAAUUGACUUCUCUUGCCUAUCUAUAAAAUUUAAAGUACUACGAGGUUGAUUUUUAGCAAAAUAUCUAGAAAAUGAAUUGGUUACAAGUAACUGAAAAGAUAGCAGUUAAGCAUAAUGUUAACUUUGCUUGGUGUCCAAAAUGAAAGGAUUCAUGAGACAACAUCUUACUGAUUCCCAAAUAAAUUUUUUCAGAAUCAUAA